GAACUCGUGAUCUGCCAGCCUCAGCCUCCCAAAGUGCUAGGAUUACAGGUGUGAGCCACCGCGCCCGGAUGACUGAAUAGUUCUAAAUGGGAAGAAUCAGUGGUAAGUGGAGAACAUCUGGUGACUAGACUGUUACCGUGGGUCAACCCCAUAUGUUUCACGGAUUCAUUCAUUUAUGCCUUCAACACACACGGAUGGUUGACGCACCUACCGUGCCAGACACAAAGCUCAACACGGGGAGGGUAGAAAAGAUACCUAUGCCCUUGAGGUACUCCACCUGAAGUGAACGUUAAAAGGCAUCAGGCUAGAUAGGUAGAGGUCUGUAUCAAGUGUUAUGGGAUUCCAGAAAAACAGUUUCCCAGGAGUCACCUUUGGGCUGGGUCUUGAGGUAUGAGUAGGAGUUCAGGGGGGUCUUUAAAAUCAUAAAAAUGUAUGCGUGUGGUAGAUGUCUACAACUUUCAUCAGAUUCUCAAAGAGGCUCGUUAAAGCUGGGUCAUAAUUAAAACAUGGCCGCAAACUCAGAUGCCCUUAGUGGUUGCGCAGGAAAUUAAAACCAUGACGUGGCCAAGAGUAACAGAGUAGGAAGUGUUGUGUAAGGUGGAGGAUUCAUGUCCCACCUAUGAUGUGUGAAUUCAGAUUUGUUAAAAAAAAAAAAAAAAAAAAAUUGCACUGGCCAAAACGUACCACAUCGGAGGGCUGUGUUUGGCCUAUGGAUCAAUAGUUUACAUCCCUUGAUUUAACUAGAUGUGGGUGACCGAAUUCCCAAGUGAGUUAUGUGAGGCCAGGAGGCCCCACAGAGCAUAGUAGUAAGGCUCUGUGAAGGGCAGCGAGGGAACCAGCAUAAGAAAUGGAAUUUGAGGCCUGAUCCUGGAGGGAUUUGCUCCUUAGUCUCAGGAAUGUGUAGGGUCAUAUGGAGUUGGUGAUAGCUUGAGCAAGGAAAUCCUUAUCUAGGACUUUGUGUGUGCCUCAUGAAUGCCCUUCAACAUCCCUUCAGGAUGCUGUUGGCCACAUUUCACAGUUGCAGGAGCUGAAGCCCAAGGACCUUAUGUCAGGGGACGACUUAGGUUAAUUGGUAGCAAAUCUGGGGUCUACUCUAAGGUCUGAUUUUCAGCUUUGGUCUUCUAGUCAAUGGCUUCAUAUUUAUUUGGAGUUUCCUACACUUGAGGGAACUUUGGGAUUUGGAUGGGGUAAUCAGGGAAGUGCAAGUGGAAUAUGGAGGGAGACUUAAAUCUUUCUUCCCCCUUCCUUCAAGGAGCAGGUGCUGAGGCUCAGUGUGGGAAGGACUUGCCUAGGCUUUCCCAUGGAGGAAGUGGCAGAGCCUGGAUUUGAACCCAGGCCCUACCUGCCUUCCCUGUGAGCUUUGUGUGUGCCUUGCUGGGUACCCAGGUUCCUGAGGCUGCUGUGAAGCCAGGAGGAGUGAGCUCUGUGGUGCGCCGUUGUGUUCAUCGAGCUACUGGCCACGAGUUUGCCGUGAAGAUUAUGGAAGUGACAGCUGAGCGACUGAGUCCUGAGCAGCUGGAGGAGGUGCGGGAAGCCACACGGCGAGAAACACACAUCCUUCGCCAGGUCGCCGGCCACCCCCACAUCAUCACCCUCAUCGAUUCCUACGAGUCUUCUAGCUUCAUGUUCCUGGUGUUUGACCUGAUGCGGAAGGGAGAGCUGUUUGACUAUCUCACAGAGAAGGUAGCCCUCUCAGAAAAGGAAACCAGGUCCAUCAUGCGGUCUCUGCUGGAAGCAGUGAGCUUUCUCCAUGCCAACAACAUUGUGCAUCGAGAUCUGAAGCCCGAGAAUAUUCUCCUAGAUGACAAUAUGCAGAUCCGACUUUCAGAUUUCGGGUUCUCCUGCCACUUGGAACCUGGCGAGAAGCUUCGAGAGUUGUGUGGGACCCCAGGGUAUCUAGCGCCAGAGAUCCUUAAAUGCUCCAUGGAUGAAACCCACCCAGGCUACGGCAAGGAGGUCGACCUUCUCUUUCCCAGCUGGGCCUGUGGGGUGAUCUUGUUCACACUCCUGGCUGGCUCGCCACCCUUCUGGCACCGGCGGCAGAUCCUGAUGUUACGCAUGAUCAUGGAGGGCCAGUACCAGUUCAGUUCCCCUGAGUGGGACGACCGUUCCAGCACUGUCAAAGACUUGAUUUCCAGGCUGCUGCAGGUGGAUCCUGAAGCACGCCUGACAGCUGAGCAGGCCCUACAGCACCCCUUCUUUGAGCGUUGUGAAGGCAGCCAAUCCUGGAACCUCACCCCCCGCCAGCGGUUCCGGGUGGCAGUGUGGACAGUGCUGGCUGCUGGACAAGUGGCCCUAAGCACCCAUCGUGUACGGCCACUGACUAAGAACGCACUGUUGAGGGACCCUUAUGCGCUGCGGUCAGUGCGGCGCCUCAUCGACAACUGUGCCUUCCGGCUCUAUGGGCACUGGGUGAAGAAAGGGGAGCAGCAGAACCGGGCAGCUCUCUUUCAGCACCGGCCCCCUGGGCCUUUUCCCAUCAUGGGCCCUGAAGAGGAGGGAGACUCUGCUGCUAUAACUGAGGAUGAGGCCGUGCUGGUACUGGGCUAGGACCUCAACCCCAGGGAUUCCCAGGAAGCAGAACUCUCCAGAAGAAGGGCUUUGAUCAUUCCAGCUCCUCUGGGCUCUAGCCUCAGGCCUACCACUGAUCCUGCUACCCUCUUAAAGACCAGCCUGGUACCUGUCUUCCCACCAGCCAGGGCUCUGAGAUCAGAGCUGGGGUGGAAGGGAGCCACUCUGAACGCCACGCCUGGCCCAGUCAGUGCUGCCUGCGCUGCAUAUGAAAUAAAACCCACUACACACCAGGGA